AUGAGAAUGCGUCUUCAUGAAUAUCAAGCUGCAUAGCUUAUGCUAAAGUACAGAAUACCUGUUCCUCUUAUUUAAGCUAGCGGCAGAAACAAUGGAUAUUUCAAAGAAAAUGCAUUUUAGGGAGGAAAUCAUAUUGUUUCAACUCCAGAAGAGGUUUAAGAAUAUGCAAGAUAGAUGUGCGGCAAAACUUUAGUCUGUCCUGAAUCAGGGAAGCAAGGAUUCCUUUGUAGAUGUGUAUACAUAUUGGAGGAAUUGGCAAUAUACAAAGAGCUCUAUGUAUGCGUGACUUAUGAUAGAAAUCAGUAGUGCCCUGUUAUUAUUUAUAGUGAUGAAGGGGGAACUAAUCUUCAUGAAGCUUAAGAAAAACGUCCUGAAAAAUUUCAUAAGAUUUAUGUGGAUUUCUAGAAAGGAUUAGAUGUAUAGUUAUUGUCACAAGUUGCUACAGAGUUAGGAAUAGCAGAAAAAAAAUCUGAAAUGAUUUUCCUCCUCAAGCAUUUAUAUGAUUGCUUUAUUCAACGGGACGCUGAAAUGAUAGAGAUUAAUCCUCUUGUUUAUACAAAAGAUUAGAAAAUAGUGGCAGCUGAUACAAAAGUUAUCAUAGAUGAUAGUGCUCUAUUUAGAUAAGCAGAACUCAAAGAAGAGGAAGAUAGGACUCAAGUGAAUUUCAAAGAACGUAUUGCUCACACAUACAAUCUACAAUAUAUUCAUAUUGGAGGUAAUAUUGGGAUCUUAGCAAACGGUGCUGGUUUAGCUAUGGCUACUUGUGAUAUCAUUAAAUUAUAUGGAGGAGAACCUUCAAACUUCCUCGAUACUGGGGGAGGUGCUUCACAUGAAUAAAUUGCUGAAUCAAUAAAACUUUUAGAAACUGAUGUAGAAGUUUCUACUAUAUUCAUAAAUAUCUUCGGUGGCAUCAUGAAAUGUGAUAUGAUCGCAUAAUCAAUAAUCAGAGCAACGGAGGAAUUAAAUACUAAAAAACCUAUUGUAUUGAGACUAAAAGGAAACAACUCAGAACUUGCAAGAAAUAUGAUAAAGGGCAGAGAGGAAUAGCUAGGAAUAUAUUUUUGCGAAACAAUGGAUCAAGCUGCUGAGUUAGCUGUGGAUUUAGCUAAAAAAGAAAAAGUAGAGGAAUAAAAGCUAGAAAUUGAAAAGUUAUGA